GGUCUACGGAGGUCUCUCAAUCAACAUCUUCUCAUUUCUCAGACGUGGUUUGCCACAAGUCCGGUGGGCGCGGCGCCGACGAUUAGAGAGAGAGAUAAAAGAGUGACGAAGAGAUAAUCAGAAAGUUUUAUAUAUAUAUAGAGAGAGAAACAUAAAGAGAUUGAGUUCAAGGAGAAUGGCGAUCAGGAAGCUUCUGCUUCUAUUGAAACCGAUUGAUCCGUACCCAUUUCUUCAAUCAGGAGGUGUCUCGCUCAUCAAGAACCCUCAGGUUCUUAAGUAUCUAGAAAGCAGGUGCAAAGUACACAGGAAUGCUAUAAACCUUUGUCAGGAGAUACUAAAUAAGAAGGCAGUUGAAUGGAAACCCAUUUCACGCAAUGAUGUAUCGAAUCCCAUUCGUGAUGUUGAUAUGGUCAUCACCGUUGGUGGAGAUGGCACCCUCUUGCACGCCAGUCAUUUCUUAGACGAUUCUGUUCCUGUUCUUGGAGUCAAUUCUGACCCAACACAAGCUCUCGAGGUGGAAGAGCUGAGCGAUCAGUUUGACGCUAGUAGAAGCACUGGUCAUCUUUGUGCCGCAACAGUUGAGAACUUUGAACAGGUACUGGAUGACAUUUUGUAUGGCAGAAUAGUUCCUUCGAAAGUAUCGAGAAUAUCAGUGAAGUUAAACACAGAGCCUCUUCUCUCACACGCACUUAAUGACGUUUUGAUCGCACACCCAUGCCCUGCAGCGGUUUCAAGGUUCUCGUUCAAGAUAAAGAGCAAAGAUGGCUACACCAGUCAAAAGACAGUGAACUGCCGCUCGAGCGGCCUAAGAGUCUGCACAGCAGCUGGCUCAACUGCAGCAAUGCUGUCAGCAGGUGGGUUCGUGAUGCCAAUGUUGUCUCGUGAUCUCCAGUUUAUGGUUAGAGAGCCCAUCUCUCCCGGUUCAAGGGCCACUCUAAUGCAUUCAUCCUUCAAACCGGAUCAGUCCAUGGAUGUUAACUGGUACUCAGACCACGGCACCAUCUACAUGGACGGUUGUCAGGUUCGAUACAACGUGCAGCUCGGUGAUACGAUCGAGAUAUCAUCUGAUGCGCCGGUCUUAAAUGUGUUCUUGUCUCAAGGGUUUAGUCAGGUCAGAUCAAGGUACUAGAUUUGUUCAUAAAAAGUUAAGAGUUGGUACAUUGAGAGACACUUUGGACCCACUUUGUCUAUAGAUAUGGAUUCGUUGAUUCUUUGAUGCUUGAACAAGUUUUAAUUGAAGUUGCUAUCUUUCUUGAACCAAGAACGUGGAUGUAUAUGAUCCACAUGGGUAUAAAUAAAUGUUGAGAAUUAGACGCAUCA